AUGCCUAUCCGUAGCCAGGGAUAUCAGUUGCUUCCUGUGAAGAACAACGAGUCUGAACAUUCACGCGAAAAUGAUGACGUCAGCGGUGUGCCUUCACGUCGCCUUCGACUUGGAUUCCUUAUCCUGUUCAUCGUUAUCACGUUUUAUGCACUAUUUCUUGCACCAGAAAAGCCCUCACUCACAGAAUCAUUCCAAAAUUCUGCGCACCCUGGCUUGGAUAAAUGUGCUUCCCCGAUAGCCCCUGCGGCUAAACCUCCUACGCGCACGAAUCCAUGGGCACCACUAGUAGUUUCUGAGAUCACCGAUAUUCAGAGAUGGCUGGAAGCUCCUCAAAGAGAGCUCAAUCUCACUCGAGGAUCAUCUGCUAUCUUGUCAGACAACGUCGUCUAUCUCAUAGAGACAUACUAUCCUGCCAAAGCCGAUGCUCUUGCCUAUCUCGCCGGAGGGAGUGCACCAGACAAGUAUGCUCAUGUCGUGAUUCACCACGGUGGAUCAGAUGCUCCUAUCAUCAAGAACUACCUCGUCGGUCCUCUUCCUGUCAGUGAACAAAUGUCCAUGAGACUGUUGUCCGAAAUCUACCACGAAAGCGAGAUUCCGUUUAACGCCCGAGGGUUUGUUAACAUCGAAGAGUUGCGAGACGUCUUCAAGUUUAUUUCCCCAGAGCUUUCAGAAGCGUUAGACGAUCUAUUCGGAGCGACCGCACGAGGAAAUGAUAAUGAUACCCUCGUUGCCUCGGCCGGUGGUCCAUUUAGUUUUGACGGCAGCACUCGAAAGACGUGGUUCUCGCUGAGGAGAAAUUUGCCCGGACCAUGGCUCUUGCCGAUCAACUUUUGGCAAUACAUUGACGUCUCUGGUACAGACCCUUCGCUGUGGAAGUCUUCGAAGAUCGUCUAUAACCACCAGAUCUUUGGAUCGACAGAGGAAUUCCUUCAAUCAUAUCGCAACGGUACACUUAUUCGCGUUCCAGAACAAGUGACCGGUGCCAAUGAAGAUUUUUCAUGGACAACACGCAAGCGCGUCGGCACUCCAAGAGACCUUGACCACCUUCCUGGCCCUCGUUCCGUCUCGUUCGCUGGGUUGAGAUUCAGAGUCGACCGAGCAACGCAGUAUAUAUCUUGGAUGGGCUGGGUAAUGUACCUCAGCUUUGAUAGGGACAUGGGAUUGAACCUUUGGGAUAUCACUCUGAAAGGAGAAAGGAUCAUAUAUCAGCUUGCUCCUCAGGAAGCCAUAGCUCAAUACGCUGGAAACGAUCCUCUCCAAUCCACCACGGCCUGGCAGGACCGUCACUUUGGUAUGGGUCUUGCUGUCAGGGAUUUGUUACCUGGAUAUGACUGCCCGCAUGAGGCUGUCUAUCUUCCAGCUACUACACACUCUGCUCUCGGAGUCAUUGUGCGCGAAAAAGCAAUCUGUGUAUUUGAACAAGAUACUGGUAGGCCCGUGAGUAGACAUACUGGCUAUAUGGAAGGUGAAUUCGGUGCUGUAAAGGGUUAUAUGUUGACAGUAAGAAGUAUAUCGGUGGUUGGAAACACUCAUGAAAUACUUCAGUUCGACUAUAUGUUCCACAUUGAUGGUACGAUGGAAGUUCGACUCUCAGCCUCCGGUUAUCUGCAAGGCGGCUACUGGGAACCCCUUCAGGAAGGAUAUGGAGGAAGAAUUAGGGAGCAUUCUAUGGGGAAUCUCCACGACCACGUUAUAAACUAUAAAGUUGAUUUGGACAUCGCUGGACUGGAAAAUAGUUUGCUUGAGACUAUUGCAGGUCAAGAGAUUGUCGAACAACCGUGGCUGGAGGACGAUGAAUGGGGUCGCACAGUUAUUCAACAAAAGAUCACCAGGCGCAUCAUCGAGACGGAGGACGAAGCACUCCUCAAGUACCCGAUAAAUUUCCAAGGUCACUACUCUAUUGUGAACCAAAACAAGACUAAUGCUUGGGGUAGUCCUCGUGGAUACGCUAUUCACGCAGGGUAUAACCCCAUUCAUAACACCAUCGUUGGGUCACGUCGUCUCCUCAAUAACGCGAAUUGGGCUCGAUAUAAUUUAGCUGUCUCUCUUCGCAAGGAGACCGAACCCUCAUCUAGUUCGAUGUGGAAUAUGAACCUACCUGGGAAACCUACGGUCGAUUUUCACAAGUUCUUCGAUGGGGAUAAUAUAACUCAGGAUGAUUUAGUGGUGUGGGUCAAUGUCGGAACUCACCAUAUGCCCCAAGCGGAAGAUUCUCCUAACACAAAGACCACAGUAGCCAUGUCAAGCUUCCUCCUAACCCCUCUGAACUAUUUUGACUCUGAUAUUUCCCUGGAAUCAACCAACGCUAUCUUGCUUAGUGCGCCGUCUCAACCCGGAGAGCCUUGGGGCUUUGAUGACUAUGGCGUCAAGCAAGACUUCACAUGUGUCCCGGAAACCCCGCCUCCGUUUGAGUAUCUUGACCCGAAAGUAUAUGAUGAAGAGGGCCGCUUGAAGACGUCGGAAAGUGUUGAAGAUAUGAGAAAGAUGGCCGAGAUGUAUCAUCGCAUCAAAUUCGAACUGUGA